AAAAAAAAAAAAAAAACGAAGAGGAGGAAAAGCCAUCUGUUGUGAAAUGGCAUGGCCUUCUCCUUCUCUCCCCCACUAUCCCUCCUCAAUUCUAUUGCAGCACUGUCUCUGAUCUUUCUCUCCACUGUUCUUUUCUCUAAAUCUCCAUUUCACUUCUCCAUAUCUCCUCCAAUCCCACAUAGAUCUCUCAUCUCCCAAACCCAGAACCAGACUUUGGCCUUCUCUUGCUCCUCUCUUCCCCCCACCGAUGGCCUCCUCAACUACCUCUCCCUCCACUUUUGCCUCUUCAAUGGGAAGCUUUUCCUAUCGAUUCCUUGUCUUUCUUCGUUCAUUUUCCUUCACUUUUAUAUCCUCAUCAAAACAGCCCAAUCCCAUUUCUCUAUUGUCACCACUAAACUCACCAAUCAAUUAAACCUUUCUCCCAGUAUGGGUGGAGUGACCCUUUUGGCUUUAGGCAAUGGGGCGCCCGAUGUUUUUGCCUCUCUGGCUGCAGUUCGUUCUGGGCAGUAUAGAACUGGGUUUGGGGCUAUAUUAUCUGCUGGUACUUUUGUUUCUGCUUUUGUGGUUGGAUUCGUGGCGAUAUAUGCUGCACCAUUUAAUGUGGAUCCUGGGUCUUUUGUGAGAGACGUGGGGUUUUAUUUGGUGGCAGCUUUGUUUUUAUUCUAUGUGUAUUUGAGUGGGGAGAUUACAUUUUGGCAAGCUAUGGGAUUUGUUGGGUUUUAUAUGUUCUUUGUUGGUAUUGUGUUUUGGAUGGAUUUGGGAAUUGGUGGUGGUAAUAGAAGGGAUGGAGGAGAAAUAGAUUGUGAAAGAGGUGGAGCCGUCGUGGUGGAUAGUUUGGAGGAUGUGAAGCAUGAUCCUGGAUGGUUUGCAAGGACUUACGGAAAGAUCUCAAAAGUAUGGGAGCAUCCAAUCUCAUUUGUUCUAAAGCUGACAAUUCCCCAAACUGCACCUUCAGAAUGGACCAGGUUCUACACGUCUGCCAACAUUAUUCUUUGCCCUCUAGCACUUUUAUAUGCUUGCAAGUCAUUCAUGCCAUUAGAUCAUCCCAUAGCAUUCCUCCUGUCAAGCACCCAUUUCCCACUAUGGUUCGUAGUGCUCCUAGCAAGCUCAUCUAUGGCAGUUGUUCACUUCAUACUGGAAAAGGAACCUCCAAAGACUGAGAAAAUACCUGUUGUGCUUGUUGCAUUUGUAAUGAGUGUAUUUUGGAUAUCUGCUAUUGCUGGAGAGCUGCUAAACUGCUUGGCAGCACUUGGGAUGCUUCUUGAAGUGCCCCCUUCACUCCUUGGGCUUACUGUACUUGCUUGGGGAAACUCAGUGGGCGAUCUUGUGGCUGAUGUUGCAGUUGCCAGAGCAGGCCAACCAGCAAUGGCUAUGGCUGGGUGCUUUGCUGGGCCAAUGUUUAAUAUGCUUGUUGGACUUGGAACAGCUUUGGUGAUUCAAACAGCUGACUUUUAUCCAAAAGCUUAUGAACUUCACUUACACACUGGCAUUGUGAUUGCAUUUGUAUUCUUGCUUUUGAGCCUGAUGGGAUCUUUGCUAGUUAUCACUUGGUCCAGAUUUCGAGUGCCUAGGUUCUGGGGAUUUUGUCUUGUUGGCCUUUAUGUAUUUUUCAUGAUAGUUAGCUUAGUCAUUGCCAAGUUCUCAGGAUAAUUUGUUCAAUUCAUUAAGUCAACAUUUUGUGGAGCCACAGCCACUGCUUAAUUGUUUAAACCAAAUUAUAGAAAAAAUCUUCGCCCCUAUAUGUAAGGGAGUUGCAGUAUAUGCGGAUUGAUGCCAGAGGAAAUUGCAAGGAUUAUGGAGCUUUUAAUCUGUAAUCUGCAUAGAUAGAUAGUUUUCAAGAUUUCUAUGUUACUUAAUCGGUCUUUCCUCCUUAUUUAUCCAUUAAUUUCCAAGUCCUUUACUGGUAAUUAAA